AUGGACGGCAACCAACCACAAAACAACAUAUAACAGAUAUACUAUAUAUAUAUUAGAAAAAAACAGGGAAACUGGUAACUGGUAACUGGUAAUUGGUAAUUGGUAAACGUAAAGUAUUAGCCAUUAGGGUUUUAGGUGGUCUCCAUCUCCAUCUCCUCCUUGGCCUCAAAAGUCUACCUCAGUCAGAAGCUGCUUCAUUUCCGGCCACGGCCAAACAAUCUCUUUCAGGCUUUUUGGUUCUUGCUUAGUCUGAAUUGAAAUGGCAGAUGGUCAUGAAUCUGAUAAAAACAUUGAGAUUUGGAAAAUCAAGAAAUUGAUUAAGGCAUUGGAAUCUGCUAGAGGGAAUGGAACCAGCAUGAUUUCACUUAUAAUGCCUCCCAGGGAUCAGAUCUCAAGGGUUACGAAGAUGCUUGGUGAUGAGUUUGGAACAGCUUCAAAUAUCAAAAGUAGGGUUAAUCGUCAAUCGGUACUUGGCGCUAUUACUUCAGCCCAACAGCGGCUAAAACUUUACAAUAAGGUUCCUCCAAAUGGCUUGGUUCUUUACACUGGAACUAUUGUUACUGAAGAUGGCAAGGAGAAGAAGGUGACAAUUGAUUUUGAGCCUUUUAAACCCAUAAAUGCAUCUUUAUACCUGUGUGAUAACAAGUUUCAUACAGAAGCUUUAAAUGAACUUUUGGAAUCUGAUGACAAAUUUGGUUUUAUAGUCAUGGAUGGGAAUGGCACCCUUUUCGGCACAUUAAGUGGAAAUACACGAGAGGUCCUUCAUAAGUUUACUGUUGAUCUUCCAAAGAAGCAUGGACGUGGAGGACAAUCAGCUCUUCGUUUUGCACGUCUGAGGAUGGAGAAACGGCACAACUAUGUCAGAAAGACUGCAGAACUUGCUACACAGUUCUUCAUUAAUCCAAAUACCAGCCAGCCUAAUGUCGCCGGCCUUAUACUUGCUGGUUCUGCUGACUUCAAGACUGAACUGAGCCAAUCAGAUAUGUUUGAUCCCCGAUUACAGGCUAAGAUACUUAAUGUCGUUGAUGUUUCCUAUGGCGGGGAAAAUGGUUUCAAUCAAGCUAUUGAGUUGUCUGCGGAAAUUCUUUCCAAUGUUAAGUUCAUUCAGGAGAAACGCUUAAUUGGUAAGUAUUUCGAGGAGAUCAGUCAGGACACUGGGAAAUAUGUAUUUGGUGUAGAUGAUACAUUGAAGACUCUGGAAAUGGGUGCUGUGGAAAUCUUGAUCGUAUGGGAGAAUCUGGAUAUAACUAGAUAUGUUUUGAAAAACAGUGUCACAGGUGAGAUGGUCAUUAAGCACCUGAAAAAGGAGCAAGAGUCUGAUCAGAGUAAUUUUAAGGACAUGGCCACCUCUGCAGAGUUGGAAGUUCAGGAAAAAAUGCCAUUGCUUGAGUGGUUUGCCAAUGAGUACAGAAGGUUUGGUUGCAUGCUUGAAUUUGUGACAAAUAAAUCACAGGAGGGGUCACAAUUUUGCAGGGGAUUUGGUGGGAUUGGGGGAGUUCUUCGUUAUCAGCUUGACAUAAGAUCAUUUGAUGAGGUGUCCGAUGAAGGUGAAAUGUAUGAAGAUUCUGAUUAGAGUUGCAGACAAUUGAAAUUUACAAAGAAGAACCACAUGCUAUUGCAAGUGAUGUUAUGUUGUACUGAAACCUAGAUUCUAUAAUUUUCCUGACUGCAUUAGAUUGGUUGUUCUUUUCCUUAGAAUGGUUGUUGGCAUGAAGGCAAACACUAGGCUGUAGAUUGUGGAUGGCCCUUGCUAUGGAAUGAGAAUACAUAGCAUCAUGUUCUUGACUUUAAGUUGGUUCUCCUUUUCACGAAUGACCAUCUAAGAUACAGCAGAGAGUUAUUGAGAUAAAGAGUGAAAACUAGUACUUUCAUCACUGGGAAAUUUGGUGCUGUUCAUGUGAAUUUGCAUUCAUAUAAGUUGUGAAUAGUUAAAUUAACACAUGAUGAUAUCAUGUGUGAUAUAAUGACUCACAGCUUAUGUGAAGACAAAUUUACAUGGGCGGCAUCACCAAGCCCUUGUCGCUUGUGUUCCUGCUUUUCUCUUUUUCCUUGGGAACUACUUUUUCUUCUCAGUUCUGUUUUUCUGUUUCCUUAUUCUUUAGCCUUUCACUUUCGCUUUGCUCUUUGUUAGAGGAAAAAAAAAAAAAAAGGAAACC